AGAGCACACUUUCGACUGGUUGUGUAUUAAGCACUCGUCCUCACCAUGUCUCCCGCAUUUGGAUUAUUAUUUUUUGCUUGCGUUGGAUUAUUAUCAGGCGUGGCUACACUUCGUACUCCUAAUCAGGAUCUCAUGAUUCAAAUGGCCAGAGCACAUUUCAAAAACAUAGCAAAAAGUUUGUCCGAAUUGCAUCCAGGAGUGACGUUAUUCCCUGGAAUGCCAAAUCUCGCCAGUGUAAAUGGUAUCAGGUAUAGUAAAGAUUAUAGGUCAUGGCUACAUAGUCCAAAUAUUGUAAAUCAUGUAGCAGAUACAACUUCAUCUCAAGCGACUGAUACCAGUAUCUCAACAGAUUCUGACACAACUACACCAAACGUUAAUUCAAGUCCCUCACCAAGUCCUGAGGCUUCUUCGCAAGCUCCCGAAACCAGUCCAUCAAAAAGUUCUGACACAACUAUACAAUCCACUGAUACGAGUCAUUCAUCAAGUCCCGAGGCUUCUUCGCAAACUCCCGACACCAGCUCAUCAAUAGUUUCUGACACUACUGCGCAAUCCACUGAAGAUAGUUCCUCCCCUACCCCUAUUGUUUCUUCUUCCCAAGGUACACCUGCUACUGCUUCAACGAGCUCAGACACAACAACAGAAUUCAAUACUGUUAGUACCUCAUCUGAUCCUGCAACUGUUCCUUCGCAAUCCACUGACGCCAAUUCCUCUCCAAACACUGAUACUACUGCACAAUCCACUGACGCCAAUUCCUCCCCAAACACUGAUACUACUGCACAAUCCACUGAAGCAAGUCCCUCACCUGGCUCCUCGCAAAGCACUGAUACUAAUACACCAACGGGCUCAGUAACCACUACAGGAUCCACUGUUGUUAAUACUACACCUGUUCCUGAUACUUCUGUUUCACAAUCCACUGACACCAGUCCGUCGCCAAGCACUACUAACACUUCUGCGCAAUCGACUGAUGCCAGUUCUUCGUCUGACCCAGUCACCUCGCCUUCACCCUCACCGGAUACAAGUUCCUCAUCAAGUUUUGAUACAUCUUCUGCUGUAUCAGAUAUAUCCUCCUCUUCUUCUGAUAUAAGUUCAGAUUCAACUUCACCGACAGCAACUGAGCAAUCUACUAAUUCAGAUUCUCCAUCGCCAACAGCUGAAGUGAAGAGUUCAACUGCUUUUGAGACAAGUUCAGUAUCUCCAACUGUAACUGAAAGAGUUACAAGCAGUCCUCCUCCUUCGAAGACUAAAGCAUGGUCCUUGAAACUUGGCGUGGCGAUAACAUUUCUAGUAAUUGCUGUUGCAGCAGCAACAGUACUGAUUAUCUACACAUUCAAAGUUAAGAGAAGGAGGAUUCAUUAUGAUGAAUUAGUGCUCCUUCCGUAAAAAAGGAGUUUGUAAUGUAAUUUUCAAAAAUUAGGUUGUCACAAUAUCAUUGAAUAGAGAUAAAUUUGAAUAAUAUGGUUUUCUUUUGUAAGUAAAGCAUUAUUCCGUCUAUAUAUUAAAGAAUAGUUUUAGCAAGUGAAUGCACGCCUAUAAUGUUAAAAUAAUUAUUUAGUUCUUUGAAAAGCGGCAACUUUUGUCAGAUAGAUUGUUGAACAUUCUUCUACCAUAGAAAAAAACACCAGCAAAUCUGAAUGACAUGAUGAUUUUUUAAAUAACAUUCUCAUUACUAAGAAGCCAAAUAAAUUAAAUAUUGUUAACUUCAAUGUUGCCUUAUCUUAUAGCGUGGUUGUAUUUUAUUGUUUUAUAUAUCAUUUCAUAUGUUUUAUUUUAUUUAAUUUGAAAAUUGUUUUUGCAUCAUGGAUACUAUUCUCAUACUCAUUUUUAUUUUAUUCAAAAGCUCUUGUACAACUUUUGAGAUGGCAUUCCCCUAUGUAACUGCAUGCUCAUUAUGUUAUGAAAGAACAUUUUUCAUUAACAAAAAUUAAAUAAUGCUCAGUUUUAAUAAAUAAAUCAUUUUAAAUUAAAA